CCUUCAAGCACGGGUGUAGGGCCGUGUGCAAUGUCACAGUAUAUAACCCGACGCGAGCAUCUACCAAUGUAUGUGUUGGCGACUUCGAGCGGCGUGUGAAACCAUACCAAUACGUUAGCGUCACUAUGGAAAAACGUGAAGUUCAAACCGUGAUCAAUACAGGUGCUGAUGACAAUGACAAGUGUUCCUGUUCGGGACGUAUCAGAAGUUUGUUCAGUACGGAAGAUAUCAAUAGAUGUAAAUUCUUCCAAGAACUGGCAGCAGAGUUCCUCGGGUCGGCGCUGUUGGUCAUCUUCGGUUGCGGAUCCGCGGUGACGCUUGAACCAAACUUGGCACCAACGGUACCGUCAAUAGCCAUCGCCUUCGGGCUGACAGUUGCCACGAUCAUCUGGUCACUUGGUCACGUGAGUGGAGCCCAGAUCAACCCAUGUGUAACCCUGACACUAUGCUUGACCAGGAAGAUGACCUUGAUUAAGUGCGCAUUGUACUGUGUUAUACAGUGUGUCGGUGCUAUAGCGGGUGCCUACAUCCUCUACGGACUGACCCCCGAAGACCGGCGAGGAAUGCUGGGCAUCACCCUGGUGUCUCCCAGGAUCAGCCUGUGGCAAGGGGUCGGGGUGGAGAUCCUGGCCACCUUCAUGUUAGUUCUUGCCAUCUAUGCCACAAUAGACUCCCGUAUAACUGACCACCCCGGCUCUAAGGCGCUCAGUAUCGGCUUUGUUGUGACUAUGGAUAUUCCCUGGGCGAUUCAAUACACUGGGGCGAGCAUGAACCCUGCACGGAGUCUGGGGCCCGUGGUGGUCAUGGGAGUUUGGGAUCAUCAUUGGGUUUUCUGGUUGGGUCCUAUCCUUGGCGCUCUCGCAGCUGGCUUCCUGUACGAGACGGUGUUUGCCGUCAACGCCUCCGUCCGGAAAACCAGGACAUGGGUGUGUGGCGACAUCUUCGACGAAGACCGAAUGGGUGCAUACGAACUGAGAACCAUCACUGUUGACAACAAAUACGAUGUCGAGUCAAAGCCUUAAGACUCCUAAAACAUGAGAAAAAAUAGCAUUUUCGUGUACUGUAUGUAUGUAAACAUCCUAGCUCUUCCUGUACAUCGUUUCUGAGACAUCGAAGGACAUAUGUAUUCAAGUAUUCUUGAAAAUAAUCAGACCUAAAUGAAUAUCUUUUACAUGUGUGUAAUAAUUCGAUAUUUUCAAUAUUCAGUUUCAUCAAUAAAUUUGAGAAAAAUAUGUGAAGUUGA